CACUGUGGAAACCAAAAAACAAAUUCUUUAUCUUAAAACACUUGACAAAAUAGCGACAUAAUUCAGGAUUAAUUACUUUUUAAUAAUAUUUUAACAUUUACGAGAAAAUGUGGUUCAAAUAAGUGUGAAGUAUGGCCGAGAUUUGGACCAAAAUCAGCUAUACUGGUUCAUAGUGUUCCCGAGGGUGACAAAAUUCAAACUAAGUGUUUUUGUAGCUGACAUAAUUAUGACAUAAAUUAGGUAUAACUUUUGAACUGUGUCGAUAUGGGUCUCGGCUGUACUUCACGCCCACCCUUCAAACUUAUGCUGAGCUAAUCUUGGUCUAUCCAUAAGACUUUUGAUGGUACGGUGUGAAUAUAUCCGCAUUGGGUUUCUACCCGAUACACUACUUUAAAAAAUAAUUACUCAAGAUUUAAAGUUAGAUCUAGAAAAAUCACAAUUUAUGAAUAAUUCCUUAAUCUUGUGUUCAUUGUGAUGAUUCUAGCUAAAUCGAAAUAACCCAAACAAAAGUCCCGACAUCAACGUGACUCACAAUAUCGUAUUAAAGUUUUGUAAUUCAAAUGAGAAUUUAUUUUAGUUCUUCAAAUCUAGUUGAACAAGUUGGUUGUCUUACCAAUUGCAUCCACAAAGUGUAAUUGCCAUUAUAUUAUAUUUACGGAAGGUACGAAACAUUUGCUUACUGUAAUUAUCUCUGUAAGUAUCGCUGUACAAUAAAUAUUUUUGUUUAUGAAUUUAUGAAUGCACAAGGCUUGAUAAGAUAGCUGAAAUUCGUCGAAAUUUAAAAUUAAACGUAAUAAAAAUUGAUGGGUGCAAUAAAAGUAAUAAUUAAUUGGGGGGGUAAUUCAAGGCACUUAAAGAAUUCUGAUUACUUAAUCAGUUGAGAAUAAAAGGCACUGACAGUGAAGAAUUAAUUUUAUUCAGUAAUCCAGUUAUUUCACAGUUAUACUAAGUGAUGAAUAAUAUUUUAUAAAUGGACGUGCAACAGAUAACACCUGAAAUCACAAAACUUCAAAAGCAUUUUUAGGGAAGACGUUCAUAAAUGAUGUCAAAUAAAUUUUGGAAAGGAAGCUUUGAAGCUGUAAAAUCUUAGUUGUAGCUUGUCAGGGAAGACCUGUCACUCCCCUCGAGAUUGAAUUUAGUAUGUUAAAAAAAUGAGGAUCCCUUGUAAACAUUGAGGACGUAUCGCUAUGAGCUUGUGAUAUCCUUAGUAAAUUGAAAACUUUCGAUGACGAGAGGAGAGGGGUCUCAAAGUUUUUGAAGGGAAACGUUUUAAGGAAGAAGGGGUCUUAAAUUUUGUGACAGUUCAAACAAAGAAAAUUUGCUGGCUAGUGUGUAGGGGAGAGGGUCUAGAACCAUCUCCAUAGAAAAUGAAGAGGAGGGCGUGAGAGUCUAAAGAUCUCUUAGGCAUCAUUUGUGAUCGACCCCUUCUAAUGAGUUGACUAUUUCGUCUAGCCGAAGAAAUUCUGUUUUGUGUUUGAUAUGCACAAUACAUUGAAACAAUAUACAUCCAUAUGCCAUACGAUAGCUUUUAUCUUUAUAAUAUUUUUGCUAUCGACAAAAAAAAAGAAUUGUAUAAAUAUUAUGCUUAACUGAAUUUAAAAAAGAAAAUAGUCUUGUUUUAGCUCUUGAUUUGACAACAUUACUUUCCCUACUCCUCUAUUAGGAAUUUAUUUUAAAACAAACAUGACGAAAGUGUCACAAAAAAUUCAUGACUUAAUCGACUGUGAUUUAGUUCUCGAUAAAAAUAAAUUACAGAAUGUGAUGAUAAAUUUUGAGCGAGAAAUUAAGAAAGGGCUUAAAAAAGCCUCACAAGCUGAAUCGGAAGUAAAGUGCUUUGUGACAUAUGUGACUAAACUACCGCAAGGCAGUGAAACUGGAAAGUUUCUAGCAUUAGAUUUAGGUGGUACGAACUUCCGUGUCUUACUGAUUCAUCUUAAAGGCGAAGAGGAUUAUGAGUUUGAGUCCAAAAUUUAUGCAAUUCCACAAUCUAUAAUGCUCGGAUCUGGAACUGAAUUAUUUGAUCACAUUGCAUUUUGCCUUGCUGAAUUUGUGCGAGAAAACAAAGUUCAAGAUGAGGUGUUGCCUUUGGGAUUUACUUUUUCAUUUCCGUGCCAACAGAACGGACUUACAAAAGGUUUAUUGAUUAAAUGGACUAAAGGCUUCAACUGUAGUGACGUGGUUAAUAAAAAUGUCGUUGAACUGCUCGAAGAUGCCAUCCGUAAGAGAAAUGACAUAAAAAUCCUCAUCUGUGCAAUUCUCAACGAUACAACAGGAACAUUAAUGAGUUGUGCAUGGAAAUAUAAUAAUUGUAAAAUCGGUGUUAUUAUUGGAACCGGCACUAAUGCAUGUUAUAUGGAAAAGUCAUGUAAGGCUGAAUUCUUCGAAACGAAUGAUAAGGUUCGCGAAGAAAAUGUCAUCAUUAAUACCGAGUUUGGCGCGUUUGGUGAAAAAGGAAGUCUAAACGAAAUUAUUACAAUGUACGAUAAGGAUGUAGACGAAAACAGUAUUAAUGCCGGCAAUCAACUAUUUGAAAAGAUGAUAUCAGGAAUGUAUAUGGGAGAAUUAGUCAGACUUGUGAUUGUAAGGCUCGCAGAGAAAAAGUUACUUUUUAAUGGAAAAAUAUCGGAAAAACUAAAGACUAGAUAUCAAUUUUACACAAAAUACGUCUCAGAGAUAGAAGCAGAUGAUGAGAAUGUAUUUAUGAUGGCUAGAGAAGUAUUAAAUGAAUUGGAUAUUCAUGAUGCAACAGAUGAAGACUGUCGAAUUGUAAGAUAUUGCUGUGAAGUGAUAAGUCGGCGUGCAGCACAGCUUGUAUCAAGCGCAUUAGCAGUAUUAAUGCUUAGAAUUGGCGAUCCAAACAUCACAAUUGGAGUUGACGGUUCCGUGUACAGAUUCCAUCCAAAAUUCCAUGAUCUCAUGACUGAUACAAUCAAGGAAAUUGUCCCAUCAAAUUAUAACUUUAAAUUUGUACUCUCUGAAGAUGGAAGUGGACGAGGUGCAGCAUUAGUUGCUGCUGUAGCAUCAAGAGACAUUAAAGAUAAGAUUUAAUUUGAUUUAUUUUCAAAAUCGCCAAUGUUUUAUUUGCCUUUAUAAUCUUGAUACUUAAUAUUCUUUUUUAAUGCUUAACUAUAUCCAAUAAGCUUAUAUUUAUAUUCUUUCUUUGAUUUUUUUUUGAAAAAAUAAAUGAGAUAAAUAUA